AUGGGACUCCUGAGGCACAUGAACCACAUUGACCGCGAGGAGCUCUACACAGACCUCGAGGCCCGUAUUCGUUACCUCCACAGCUUCCUCGACUUUAGCAGUAGUGCGUCCUCCCUCUAUGACCAACAAGACAUCGAGGCGCUCAUCAACGGCGCAAAAUACGUCAAGGCCCUCAUCCCCGCCGUCGUCAACAUUGUCUACCAUAAGCUGCUGCAGUACGACAUUACCGCCCGCGCCUUCACCACCCGCUCUACUUCCUUCGAGGGCCCCAUGGACGAGGUCCCCGACGACAACUCGCCGCAGAUUUUGCACCGCAAGAUGUUCCUCCGGGCCUACCUCGCCAAGCUGUGUUCCGACCCGAGCAAGAUGGAGUUUUGGGAGUACCUCGACAAGGUUGGAAUGAUGCACGUCGGCCUCGGCCGCAAACACCCCCUCAACAUCGAAUACAUCCACCUGGGCGCCUGCCUCUCCUUCAUCCAAGACAUCAUGACGGAGGCCAUCCUCUCGCACCCGCGCCUGCCCAUGCAAAAGAAAAUCGCCCUCGUCAAGGCCCUGGGCAAAGUCAUUUGGAUCCAGAACGACCUCAUGGCCAAGUGGCACUGCAAGGACGGCGCAGAGUACCAGCGCGACGACGGCGAGGAGCCCGAGAUUGAGCAGGAAGGGUACCUCCACGGGAAAAAGAUUCUCGAGAGCGAGAGUGAUGAGGAGACGGCUGUGAAUGGGGUGCCUGGUGGGGGGCCCAGGUCGCCUUCGAGGUUGCCGAGGCCGAAUAGUGCCGGCGGCGGCGGCGGUGGUGGUGGGGUGUGUCCGUUUACGGGGAUUUCGGCGGGUGUUGAGGGCAUGACGGUGUCGGAUGCCAACACAGAGAAGGAGGAUGGGUCACAAAAGGUUGAGGCUUCUGCGUAG